CUUCCAUUGGCUGAAGUGUUUGAGAGGCGGAGCUAACAAGCAAACAAGGCCUAGAGACGAAGACGCUGUAAAGAAAACCGGAGAGACACGCUUAUAACGCACUUCCGGCGCGCUAAGGGAGAAAGAUGGCUGCGUCCCAGCAGCAGGCUUCAGCGGCAUCCUCAGCUGCUGGUGUGUCUGGCCCAGGUUCGGCUGGUGGCCCGGGUAGCCAGCAGCAGCCGCAACCACCGACACAACUGGUGGGGCCUGCCCAGAGCGGGCUUUUGCAGCAACAACAACAGGACUUCGAUCCCGUGCAACGCUAUAAGAUGCUCAUCCCUCAGCUAAAGGAGAGUCUUCAGACUUUGAUGAAGGUUGCAGCCCAGAACUUGAUUCAGAACACUAAUAUUGACAACGGACAAAAGAGCAGUGAUGGACCCAUACAGCGCUUUGACAAGUGUCUGGAGGAGUUCUACGCACUCUGUGACCAGCUGGAGCUCUGCCUGCUACCAAGCCUGACGCAGUGCAGCCUGACAGCCUACCCUACCCACAGUACCUGGCAGUCAUCAAAGCCCAGAUUGCCUGUGCCAAGGACAUUCACACCGCUCUGCUGGACUGUGCCAACAAAGUCACGGGCAAGACUCCUGCACCACCUACGGGCCCUGGGGGUGCCCUGUGAGCUGGCAGGGCUGGGAAUGGGCCAGGCUGUGGGGGAGAGGGAAAGGGAGGGAAUGAAGAGUGGCCUCAAAGCAGCCUUGUCUCUGACUUUUCUUCCCGCCUGAGUACUGGGGCGAAGCCAGCAGGGGGCAGCAGAGGCCAGCAGAGCGCGCACGGGGCGGGGCCUUGCCUCAGCUGGCUGCCUGCUCUCCCUCCAAGUGUGGACCUUGGACUGUGCCUGAUGAUGACCUGAGGGGCGCGUCCCCUACCUGGCCUGGAUGUGAAGCCCUCACUGGGCCCUCUCCCUCUAUCCUUACUUGAUUCUGUCCCAAUUUAAGCAUGAUCUCUGUGUCUGUCCUUUUUUCUACCUCGCCUGCCUGCCUUUGUGUGUCUGCUGCGUGUGUCUAUUGUCUCUCAUUCAGUCUCUUUUUGUCCCUAUGUCUGUCUCUGCUCUGUGGUCCUGUGUCUCCCUGUCGCUGACCAUCUCUCUCCCAGUCCCCCUGUGCCGCUGUGUUCUGCCCCCAGCUCCUCACUGGGACUCUGUCUGUGAAGGAGGCCAGAUUCUGGGAGCCAGAACCCCUGGGUUACCUGGAGAGGGACCUUCAUUUCCAGGGGUUACAGCCAAGCCCAGGAUCCUUAGCACCUCCCAUUUCAGCCCAGCCUCCGGUGUCCUUGGUCUAGGAAAAGGGAAGUGGAGGGGUCUAAGACCUGACUUCAGCACUACUGAUCAGGGAGCACUUCAGCCCCAACCCAUACCCGGGCCUGGGCCUGCGUCAGCAGCACCCCAACUAAGGGCAUUGUGCAAUCCGUGCUGAAGCCUGGCCCAGCUGGAUGCUUGGGUCCCUAUAUUUUUAGCCCCAAAGGAGAAGUGAAAAGGCCCCAGAAAGUGUGAAUCAUCAGUCCUGGGGAAGAACCCAGGCGCCUGAGCCCCAGCUCCUCCGGGAAGCAGGCCUUGGGGAGGGGGCUCUGGAGAGGGAGUGCCCCACCAGGCUCCCCACUUCUCUGACAGCAAGCUUCGGGGAGCUCAGCCACGGCCUUCAGGCCUGGGCAAGUGCAGGGUGGAGCUCCCAGCCCAGGCUCAGCUGGUGGGGUGUGAAAGGCUCAAGUGACUCAGGCUGGUUGGGGACUGCCCCACCCAACACCUUCUGUGCCCUGGUUCCCAUGUCACUGCCCAGAGGCCUCCUGUCCUGGCCCCCACAUCUGCAAGGAAACCCCAGAAUCAGGUAAACCUGGUGAUUCACCCAAAGCCCAAGUCCCCACACUGAAG